AUGAGAAGCAAUAUGGACAUGUUUCUAGCUGGAACUGAAACUUCAGCAGACGUUCUUGAAUGGGCAAUGACUGAAAUGAUGAAAAACACCAAAGUUAUGGAAAAGGCACAAACAGAAUUGAGAAGAAUUCCUCAAGGGAAAAAGAAGAUAAUAGUGAAUGCUUGGGCAAUUAAUAGAGAUGCUGAAUUUUGUGAGGAUUCUGAGAGUUUUACACUAGAGAGGUUCAUAAAUUGUGGUAGUAGUAGUAGUAAUAAUUUAAAAUUUAUCGGACAUAGGUUUGAGUAUUUACCAUUUGGCGGAGGAAGAAGAAUGUGUCCUGGAAUUUCAUUUGGUUUAUCAAAUGUUGAGCUUCCUUUAGCUCAACUUAUUUACUAUUUCAAUUGGAAGAUGCCUGAUGGAAUGAAGCCUGAAGAUGUUGAUGUUACUGAAACUCCUGGUGCUAGCUGUAGUAGGAAAUGUUAUUUAUGUCUACUUGCUACAUGUAAUGAUCUUGGAAUUUGA